GGCUGAACUAUAUUUUUUCUGCGAAUCAGAUUGUGAAAGAAACAAAACUUAAUUCUCUUGAUAAAUCAUCAUUCGAACAUUUAUUUUACCCGGUUUCAGAUUGUAGUUGUAGUUAAUUAGUGCUAUUCACUAAAGGAAACAAGGUCAAAAUGAAAAUUUCAAGAUAAAAGUUGAAAAUUACAAAAUUUGAAUUUUUGUUCAAAAGAAAAAAUUAAAAAGAGUAAAAAUGGUGUUUGAGAGCAUCGUAGCUGAUAUUCUAAAUCGUUAUCUCGGUGAAUAUGUCGAGAAUUUGGAUAAGGGUCAGCUAAAAAUUGGCAUAUGGGGAGAUAAACCAAAUGAAUGUUCGAAGCUACGUCACAUAUGUUUAAUUUGUGAAGAAGAAAAAAAGAAAAAACGAAGUGGAAUGCGUGAAAAAGAAAACAAUCAAACUCCAUUUGGAAUCCACCCUGACUUAUGA